AUGGCUCACUCGAUGGACAACAAUGAACGCGACUCGAGCUCGACUCGCAGCGGCGGCGCUGGCGUUGGCGCUGGCGGGGGCUCCACUGAAUUUCUACAGUCGUCAGCCAUGGCGAAGCCCCCUGCACAGACGACGCUCACCGCCUCAUCGUCGUCCAACUACGCCUCUAGCGUGUCUAGUGACAGCCAGAUUCAGACAGGGGGCCUCCCCGGGACACCUGUUACCCGACGCUCAGGCGGAUGGGACCGGCAGACGCUCUCCCCGGCGGCGGCAGCCAGGGAGGACCAUGUCGUCAAGACCAACAGCAUAGAGGACUCUUCUGAUUCUUCGGAUGAGUUUGUUGCCAGUUACAAGCCUGUGGAACGCUUCAAAACAUUCGACAUCACACACGACUGGGAUAUUUUCAAUGGCGGCAACUUUGACUUUAUUCACAUCCGACAACUAGGCGAUAUCGGAGACAAGAAGAAGUUAAUUCAAUCAGCAUUAGACAACCUAAGGCCAGGGGGAUGGGUCGAGUUUACAGAAUGGAUCGCGCUCCUACAAUCUCCAAACCACUCAUUAAAUGGCACAUAUUUCAAAAAAUGGAACGAGUUGAUGGAGCAAGGGAUGCGGAAUUUCGGCACAACGCUGAAAUAUCCCGAAAAGUUCAAACCGUUGCUGCAAGAAGCUGGCUUUGAGCGCAUCAUCGAGACGAGACACGGAGCGCCGACGAAUGCAUGCUACCCCGGGAAGAAGCUACAGCGCAUAGGACAUUUAAUGACUCAGAAUUGGCUGUUUAUUCUUGAGCCGUUGACCAUGCCCGUUUUUACACAGGGCUUGGGUUGGCCGCCGGAGGAGGUCAAGAAGUUCCUGGUGGAGAAUUACCUUUUGUGCCCAAAAGCCGGCACCCGGAUCAUCGACGCCAUCGAAUUCUGCGCCGGCUUCGGUCUCGGCGUCAGUGUCGACUUCUAUGUCGGAAUCUUCUAUGCCACGGUGAGGAAGUACAUCGUGCUGGGUUACGGAAUAUCAAGUCUUUAG